AAGCGCCUCGUUGUUCCGUCCGUCCCAUCCCAAUCAUGCGCCAUGAAUCAUCCAUCAGUCGGCACAUGCCCCUUUUGACCAACCACUCUCUGCACUACUUUCGCAAGUGACAAGACAACCAAAAAGAAUUCUCACCGAUGACAGCAAAGCAAAUGCCCUCCGCAGCAGAGGCGCCGCCGGAGGACACCGCGGCCUCCGCAUCCAUGCCCUCAUCGUCCCCUGCUUCCCGCGGCCGCGGGCAGGCGGGCUAUCCCGGCCCCUUCUCGGUCGACCUCGCCGCCGCCGCGCGCCGCCUCCUCGCGUUCCUUCGCUCCGCUUCCGCCCGCGGAAACGUGGGGCCGCGGUCUGUGCGGAGGUACGAGGAGAUGUGGCUACCGCUCGCCGCGGAUGCGGCGGGUGGAGGAGGAGAGGAGGCCGCGAUGCUGGUGCCCCCGCCGGACGUGCACCUCGUCUGGCUCUGCCACUGCUUCCACCAUGAGAGCUAUGUCGCAUACUGUGCAUCAAGGUUUGGACGCCUCAUCAAUCGACCUGCAAUACUUGAUGCUGAGAAUGAGGAGCAUGCCGCUGACUGUUGUCGGGACAUCUGGGACGCACGCUACCCAUUGGAGCCGUUUGACUUUGGCAGCAAUGAAUUUGAUGGAAAUAAUUCGAAUGGCAUUGAGAACGAUGGUGCUAAUAGCGAAAUUCUUAUGAUGGUUCAAACAUACGCUGGCCUAGCAGACCACUUUGCCUCGCCCUUUGUCUCCGAAGGCGUCUACCAUGUCGCUGCAAGAAGGCGUUACAUGUGUUUCCUUGACCUCAUCAGAAAGGGUGUGUGCACAACCAGAGAAGACAUUCGGCUCGUGCCUAGCCUGGAUAUAUUACUGAUGUGGCUUGCUCAUCAGAGCUUUCCAGUGAGCUAUGCAAUCGACAUGACAGGGAUGUCUAUCCAGGACAAUGUUAUGAAAAGGGUCGUCAGUUAUGGGGAGGUGGCGAGUGAGGAGAUGGUGGAGGGGACGAGGAUCUUAUGGGAGGAGGCAUAUGAUGAGCCAUACGAUCUAUCUGGUUCGGAGAUUGAUGCGGCAGCAGUUGGCACGGCAAGGGAGGCGUUCCACUGGCAGGCUGCAGCAUCAGAAGAGGACACCAACCGGCUGUAUAAGGGGUUGCAACCUAGAUUUCUUAUGGAGGUAUGUGUGUUCCUGAAAGGAGAAUUUGACAGUGAGCACAUUAGCAAGGAAUUUCUGCGUUUGCGAGCACAGAGGUGUUACAGAUCAUUGAAGCUCGACAAGUCAGUGUCCAAUUUAUCCUGCAAAAACUGGCAGAAAAUGUGGCAUAUGUAUUGUGAAUUUGCAACCCGAGGUCUCACCAUUGAGGUAAGGCGCAGCAUGGGCGGGUGCUUCAGGAACAGCAAGAUCCUCAAGAAUAUAUCAUUCUCAUGGAACGAUAUGCUGCAUGAGAAAUCACUUAUGCUUACAGAGGAGCUUGAUACCAGGAUUAGGGCGAUGGCAUCGAUUACCCCUCCCAUUCAAGCACCUUACUUAUUGAAGUGUGUACCUGACAGAGUCACUGAUGAUGGCGGGGCAAUGAUUUCUGACGUCAUAUUGCGCAUGAGAAGUUAUCGUCCGCAGGAAGGACGGUGGCUGACCCGUACAGUACUUGAUUAUAGUGGGAAAGAAUGUUUCGUUGUUAGGAUGAGAAUAGGCAGAGGGAUUUGGCGGAGAGGACCAGAAACUCCCAUGGCAGUGAAAUGGGAAGAUAGGAUCAUUGAGGUCCGAGAAGGCUCAUGGUCCUAUAUUGCAAGUGCAACAUCCGUUGGUUAUGCUCCAGAAAAGGUGGUUGGCACAGCAACGCCAACGAAAUAUCAACAGGAGAAUAAGGUGGUUUGGCGCUUUUCAACUGGAGAUGUAAUGACAGUGUGGUUGGGAGAUGACCUCAACUUUCAGCUACAAAAUGAGAUUUCAGAAGAAGAGCAGGCAAGGGUGCUUGUAGGGAGGAGAUUGAGUUACAGCGUAAAGAAGGACAUCACAUCAAAUAACCACAACCACAAUGAGGAAGAGCAGUACAUCACCCUUGUCCGUACAUCACCAGACUAUCCUGAUGGCAGAGCAACCGCGCUCCUAAACUGGAAACUACUCGCAAUUGAGUUUCUACCCAAAGAGGAUGCAGUCUUUGUGCUCCUCUUAUGCACGGCGAUCGCACGAACAAUGACAGAGAUCAGAAGGGAAGAUGUGUCCGGGCUUCUGGUGCGGCGAAGAAUGCGCGAACCACAGGUAGGGCAGAGAGACUGGGGCUCGGUGAUGCUGCCGGACGCGCCUUCCCUUGACCCUCAUUUGCAGCCGUGGUACCGGAAUGCGGCGCGUGUUUUGAGCUCCGCGGAGACUGUGCUGCCUAACAGAGCGAUGCCCGUUAAAUACUCGCCUACCGAUGGCAAGGAUGAGCUGUACAGGCAAGCUCUUAUACCCUGAAGCCCUGAUGGGGAUACUUUUUGUGAAGCAAUGUACAUUAGCCACAGAUCUUUUUUUAUUGUGGCUGUACACGUCAUCUGAAAAUGGCUUGAUUUGUUGUUGUGUAUGGUUUGUUUGUCGAUAGAUAAAGAUCUUGUAUUGCUUUGAGUAUAUUGUAUGUAAUUCAGAAUAAUACGGGAGGAUAUCCCAGAACAUGUUACAAAAUUGUCGCAGAAAAUAUGCCUGAAACAGUGGGAUUGAAUAACAUCUUCACAUCAGCGAUCUUGAAGGUUUGCAUCA